AUGGAACCCAAAGGAGAAACGCAGUGGAGCUCUAUUUUAGUUCCUUCUGUUCAAGAGAUGGUGAAGGAGAAGUUAAUCACCACCGUUCCUCCCAGGUAUAUCCAGUCGGACCAAGACAAAUCUGGAGUCGUCGACAAUUCUGGUCUAUUAACGGAGAUCCCAAUCAUCGACAUGAAGCAGUUGUGUUCUUUGAACUCCAUGGACUCUGUCUCUGAGCUUGUAAACCAUGGAAUAGACCCAUGUUUCUUGAACAAAACAAAGUCGGAAAUUCAAGAUUUCUUCAACCUUCCCAUGGAAGAAAAGAAAAAGUUCUGGCAACAACCAAAUGAGAUGGAAGGUUUUGGACAAGCUUUUGUGUUUUCAGAAGAUCAGAAACUUGACUGGGCAGAUAUGUUCUUCUUCAUAGUGCAGCCUGUUCUAUUGCGCAAGCCUCACUUGUUCCCCAAGCUACCUCUUCCCUUUAGAGAUACAUUAGAGAUGUAUUCCGCUCAAGUGAAGAGUAUAGCUAAGAUCUUAAUAGCAAAAAUGGGGGAAGUCUUGCAGAUAAAACCUGAGGAAAUUGAAGAUUUAUUUGGUGAUGAUAUGCUCCAGAGUAUGAGGAUGAAUUACUAUCCUCCAUGUCCGGAGCCUCAUCAAGUUAUUGGUCUAACUCCUCAUUCGGAUCCGGUCGCACUCACCUUAUUGUUGCAGGUGAAUGAAGUUGAAGGUCUCCAAAUCAAGAAAGAUGGCAAAUGGGUUUCUGUCAAACCUCUCCCAAAUGCUUUCAUUGUCAAUGUUGGAGACGUCUUAGAGAUAAUAACAAACGGAACAUACAAAAGCAUAGAGCAUCGUGCAGUGGUGAACUCGGAGAAAGAAAGGUUGUCUAUUGCCACAUUUCAUUAUCCUGGACUGAAUAAUGAAAUUUCACCCUCGAAAAGCCUCGUUGGAAAGCAAAAACAGGGUGCAAAAUUUAGAAGCCUGACGACUAAAGACUACUUGAAAGGCUUGUUCUCCAGUGAACUCUACGGAAAAACUUACCUUGAUGCGAUGAGGAUCUAA